ACGAAAACCCUUUCUACGUGGAUGGAAAAUAAAUUAAAAAUUAACUAAUGGAUUUUUUAGGAGCAAUAUGUGGCUGUGCGUCCCCUUCUCCAUUUCGUUAUCAUCUCCCUCAACCCGUGCCGGCGUGCCCCCAAAUCCCAAUCCCUACCGCAAACCACUAUUGCUCAAACGCGCUUACGGGAUUUCCAAGCAACCCAAAACUCUCUCGCCCAUGAUGGAAUUCCCGGACCUGCAGACGGAUCUAAACUUCUACGCCGAUGCUAAGCUUACAGGAACAGAUGGGGAAUCUCACUGCAGCUUGGCGAUGUUGGCAGGAGACGAGAGCAGGAGAAGAGCUGGUUUUGUCCCGCCAUCUUUCUAUUCUUGCUCGACUUUGCUCUCUCCCUCUCUUAAGAUAUGCAGAACCCACUCGAUUAUGGAAACGGCGAUUUGGAGAAGAUGAAUUGCUCUUGGUUCUUGGUUUCGGAUUAUGGAAACGACGAUUUGGAGAAGAUAAAUUUCUCAAAGCUUCUCUUGCCUCCAGGAGCUUCAGUCACCGGAGCUUCAAUCGCCGCCAGGGGCCGAACCCUAAAUACGAAAUCGGAAAAAAGGGAGGUUGGUUCCGUCGUGCAAAGCAGUGGGGUAUGUGAGAGUGGAGGGAAUUUAUUUUUUUAAUUAUUUUGUAAUUUAAUUUUUAAUAUCUGACAUGUCACUUUUGAGUUUGACUAAUUUACUGCUGAGGUGUGCGCUUAGUUGGCGCCUAGUCAGCAAACUAUAAAAAAAGUUGACGGUGCUAAUAACGCUGUUAAAGUAUUUGACGGAAGUGACUAUAUUUGUCCAACACCUUUUACAAAAUCUAGCUAAGUGGUAUUUCUCCAAAUUUGGCUAUUAUUGUCACAAACGUAAAAGUUUUGGCUAUACAAUUAUAUUUUGUCUAAAUAAUAUAAAGAUACUAAUAUAAAAGUUUACUUCUUCACUCACGUCUAUAGGAAAGCGAACAAAUCAACUUUAAACUUCUUCAAAAUUUCAUUGGACACUAACAUAUUAUUUUCUUAUGCUAUACCUACUUAAUUAUUAUUUUGAUCUAUUGAUAGCGAAACAAUCACAAAAAUUAUCAAAAAUAAAUUUUGUUGUAAUUUCCGACAAAAUAAAAUUUAUAGUAAUUUCUUACAGCGGGUAGUAAAUUUGAAGUGAGGUCUUAUUAAUUUUUUAAAAAAUUGGUUCCCUUGCAUGAUUUUUUAAAUAUAUUUGUUUAACACUUUUGUCCAUGAAUAAUCAAAAGAUAUAAGAAAUUUAUAAUAUAUGCUCCUAUUUUUAUUAUCAGUAAUUGAAUAAUUUGGAUUUAUUCAUAGUACCAAAUAAAAAUGUAUCUUGGUUUGCGCAAUUAUUAUUAUCAUUCAUGCCAUUUGUAUAAUUCUCUAGGUCAACGGGCAAGCCCUAAUCUAGUCCAAAAAGAAAGAGUAGCAUCUGGUACAGUAAUGGGGUCAACUCCUAGAGCUCACAAGUGAUCCAGAUUAGUGAGGUGGUCAGCGACAACAUUCGCUUUCCUAUAGAUGUGAGUGAAGAAGUAAACUUUUAUAUUAGUACCUUUAUAUUAUUCAUCUUGUUUUAUAGUACCUACACUUUUAAACUUUACAAACAAGUGUAAUGUGUUGGCUAUUGAUGAGGACAUCAACACCAAGGAGAUCACAAGUCCAACUUUGGUGCAAGAGGAACGUGGUCCAAUCACUAGAAGUCAAGCUAAGGCAUUCAAAGGUCGACUUCAAGCUUAUUUGGCAGAGCAUUUUCCAUCUUUGGAGUCGAAUUCAUUCAUGGGCCAGGAGGUCAAUAUCAUCCACGUCCAAGAUGAGAAAGAACAUUCUUGAUGCCCAAGUUGGCCACACAUGGAAAGGCAAAGGAAAGAGGAGAAAGAAGGACAUUCUUGAUGCCUAAGUUGGCCAAACAUGGAAAGGGAAUAAUUAGUGGCUAAGAAUCUUUCAUUAGCAUUAAAAACAAUAUGUUAGAAUCUUUUGGAUAUUUGUUUCCUUCUUAAUUUUGUAACCUCUAUAAAUAGAGGGUGUUAUG